UCUGAAUUUUGUUUCUGUGUUUUUUUGGGGUUUUUUUUGGCUCCACUCAGCUGAAUCCAGUCUGCUGGCGGAGGCUCCGCGCCGCUGACUGACUGCUCGCACUCCGCCGCCGUCUCUGCCGUUUAUUUCAGUUUCUGUGGCACAUUUCAGCUCGUCCUCAUGCUCGGCUUCACUGCGGAGCGCGGCAGCCAGGUUGACCAAAAGGACAGUUGGCAGGUGACCACCAUGGAGGUGAAGCCCUGCGUUGAGCAUCAUGACCUGGAGGCUGCUGAGGCACUUGUCAGCAUGAGCUUCUGGGGUCAGAUUUCACACAAGCCCCGCCCACUGACCCCCACCUCCGAUUCCUGUGAUUCCAUCCAUCUCCAGCUGGAGGGGGGAGACACUCCUAAAGACCUGAUUGCUCUGUCCUCGCUGUGUAUGACUCCACCCCACAGUCCGAGCUUUGCCGAGGCCUCCACCACUACAGUCCUCACCACCACCUCCAUCCUCAGCCCCACCUCCAGACCAGUCUUACCGCCUCGUGGCCCCGCCUACCUCAGUGAUUCCCACAUUUUUGUCCCACGACUGUCCUCCUCCUCUUCUGUCACCCCAGAGACCUCAGCUCUUCCACCCCAGACAGACAUGUCCUGUGUGGCCCCACCUGGCAGAGCGAUGGCCACUAGUGUCAUUCGCCAUACUGCCGACCGCCUCGUCGCCCCUCCUGCUCCAGCUUCCUCCACCACCCGGCCCACAGAAACCUCCCUGCCACCUAAGCUGGGACCUCCACAGACGCUUCCAGAGGAGAGAGACAGACGUCUUGUGUCUCCUGACAGCCCCUCCUCUCCUGUCUCCUCAGCGUUGUCUCCACACUCCUGCCCACUAUCUUCCUCCUCCUCCCCUUCCUCUUCGGUCCUCUGCCAGGUUUUCCCGAUGGGUAGCCGGACGGGGAUGAUCUCUGCCUUUGUCCAGGCUCCGGUUCAGGUGCAGGCUCAGGGGGGGCCCAAGCCCAUCCUACCACAGUCUCCUUCCAGUUUCGCUCAGCCUCUGCUGGUGGGCUCCACUGUGCCCCAGGGGACUGUGAUGUUUGUGGUCCCCCAGCCACCUGUCUCUCAGCCGCAGGGCCCUCAGACUGUCAUGACCCUGGGCAACACCAAGCUCCUCCCCCUGGCCCCGGCCCCAGUUUAUAUGCCAACAGGUGCGAGCAGCGGUGCCUCGCAGGCCGACUUCUCCCGUAGACGAAAUUAUGUGUGCAACUUCCCUGGCUGCAAGAAGACCUACUUCAAGAGCUCCCACCUGAAGGCUCACCUGCGCACACACACAGGUGAGAAGCCGUUCAGCUGUCACUGGGAGGGCUGCGACAAAAAGUUUGCCCGUUCUGACGAGCUUUCCCGCCACCGCCGGACGCACACUGGCGAAAAGAAGUUUGUUUGCAGUGUGUGUGACCGGCGCUUCAUGCGCAGCGACCACUUGACCAAACACGCCAGGCGGCACAUGACCACCAAGAGGGCGUCUUCAUGGCCUGCCGAAACCCGAGACCUCAACAAAGUGGCCCUGCUCAAAGGCCAAAACAGAGGCUCUGCGCUUCCUGUCAGCAUGCUGGUCCCCUCAGCCAACUAACUGAGUCAGUCAGGAGUCAGCUCAGGUCCUGGGGGGGGGGGGCGACUGCCAGGCACUUCCAGCAAAAACUGUGACUGGAUGCUUCAAUCAGCUCCACAUCAGGACAACUUUUUCUACAAAUCAGACUCGGCUGGUGAACGCUGUGAAGACGAUCACCGAGCUCCGGCUACGUUUACAUGAAGAACAAGGUCAUUAAAAUGUGGUCAGCUCUGAGUAAGAUGACGGUUUGACGGUCAGGUACACACCAGGUUACUGUGGUGUGGAAACCAUCGAGAGUUUUCACAGUAACUGUUCUGGUUUAGUUUUUAUU